AUGGACUUUUAUAUAGAGUUGUUGAAAAUGGUUGCCGAAUGGACUAUUGAGAACACUCAGAUUAUCACCGAGUUGUUUGUCCAGCAAGUGAGAGCUGGAAAUAGGCCAAAUACUCACUUGACCUCCAAUGCAUAUGAUGAGGUGGUGAGGCAAUUCAAAAUAAGAACAGGGUUGGAGUACACAAAUGAUCAAUUGAAGAACAAAUGGGACAAACUAAGAGGUGAAUAUGGUGUAUUCAAGAAACUUAAGUUGAAGGAGACAGGAGCGGGAUGGGACACAGAGCGCAACACUGUGAAACAAGAUGCUGAGUGGUGGAAGAAGGCAAAGAUAGACAUUCCAGGUUGUUACAAGUUCAGGAAGCAUGGACUUCGCAAUGAAGAGAACUUGCGCAUCAUGUUUGAAGACAUCACAAGUGACGGUUCCGAUCAUUGGAAUCCGACUUCUGGCAUCCCCCCUACUUCUACUGCACUAAUAUCAAGUGCCAUAAAUCUUGAGCAAAUAGAAGAUGUUGAUCUGUUGGAGGAUCCCGAAGAGGCACCAUCUCCUAUUACACCAAAGGUUAAUAAGAGGCUUGGCAAGAUCAUUUGUGACACAAACAAGAAACCCAAGACCGCACAAGUGAUGCAGGAGCAGAUUACAAUGAUCGGGGACAUUUGUAAGGAAUCACAUUCGUCGUUUCAGUCGUUCUUUAAGCACGAUGACACCACCUCUGUUGCAUCUGUUAUGAAGGAAGCAAUUGCUUGUGGUGCAAUAGAAGGCAGCGAUGAGCACUUCAUUGCCUCUGAGCUUUUCAUCAAGAGAGAGCAAAGGGAGAUGUUUUUGAGCUUGAGUGUUCACACUCGUUUGGGUUGGCUAAAGAGGAAGUUCAAUGUCAAGUACGGGAACUAG